AUGGAUUCAAUGUUUACAGCAAGUGACCUUUUUGCCCUAAAAAAUCUACUCUCCCCAGAAGAUGAUUCAAGCGAUGAAGAGAGAUUGGCCAAACCAUCCAUUCGAAAUAAUCCCGGUGACAUUGGACCGAAGAAACGGAAAAAGCAAAAAGCGAGAGAAGAUGAGACAGACAAGAAACCCACCGUGGAUCCAAAUGCCAUUUGGCAGAGAGAAGAAAUUCCCGAGACGGCCUAUGUGGAGGACAUAUACGAUCCACGUCCUCGACCGGAAUAUGAGAUACACUUCAAGCAAGAUGUCAGUGCGGAGGACAUGUUUCUUCAAAAGGGUCCCAAAAAUGCCACCACAGCGUGUUGUGAAUACAUGGUUGUAACUGUCAAACUACCACAAACCAGUAAAGAGGAGAUCAAACUUGAUGUUAAGGAGCAGUUUUUGGACCUUCGUACUAAGAAGUUGUGA